AGCAGAACAAUGCAAUAACAAGCAGGUUGUUGGAGCCACAGAGAAAAGAUAGCACUGGAUUUAUCCUUAUUUCCCCUUUAGGGGUUCUUUACCUUUCAGACUUUGGUCUACCUUUCUCCAACCCAGCUCCUAAAGUGACACACCACAGGCAGUUAUUUCUGGAUGACCCUACAUCAAAAACAGACUCUCGGAAGCUAUAGAUUUCCACCUUCGAGGCUGCUUUCCAUAUGCAGGUAACCCAAGAAGGCCUCUUUUGUAACAGUUCUGCUCGCUAAUCUACUAGAGAGACUUAAUUUUGCCGAAAAGCUCCGUAGGUUUCUUUGUCUUGGAUAGCCACCUCAGUGCAAUAUUCUUUUAGGAUUUAUUUAUUAGGCGUUUGCUUUCAGGGCGAGAACAUAGACGUCUGACAUUGCAUACCACCAUUUAGAGGGUGUCUUUUUGGAAUUCUUGUCUUCAUUGAUUUCUGUUCAGAACAGUGUGGCGUCGCUGUCCAUAAACCACCAUCUUCGGUCCUCACGGAAGGCAGCAGAAGAAAGAAAGAAAGAAAGAAAAAAGAGGUGUGCAUUUUGUAGCCAAGGUGAAGGAUACCCAUAAUGGCAUCUGCAGGGCUAGAGAUCAUGGCAAUGGGCCUCUGUAUCUUUGGCUGGUUGGGGACCAUCCUUUCAUGUGCCUUGCCCAUGUGGAAGGUUUCAGCAUUCAUCGGAAGCAACAUUGUUGUGGCGCAGACAAUCUGGGAGGGACUGUGGAUGAAUUGUGUUGUACAGAGUACUGGCCAGAUGCAGUGUAAGAUCUAUGAUUCGUUGCUAGCCCUGCCUCAAGAUAUCCAAGCUGCCCGGGCCCUCAUGGUUAUCUCUGUGGUGCUUGCUAUCCUGGCAUUGUUGGUGAGUAUUGUUGGAGCCAAGUGUACCAACUGCGUGGAAGAAGAAGGUGCCAAGGCACGUAUUGUCAUUACCUCGGGUGCCUUCUUUAUCGUCUCAGGACUUCUCACACUUAUUCCUGUCUGCUGGUCUGCCAACUCCAUCAUCCGUGACUUUUACAAUCCAAUUGUGGCUGAACCUCUCAAAAGGGAACUGGGGGCUGCUCUCUAUGUUGGUUGGGCAGCUUCGGCCUUACUACUCCUUGGAGGAUCACUCCUGUGCUGCUCCUGCCCACCACGGGACAACCGCUACCCAGGCCGUAUUGCAUACUCUGUUCCAGCCAGAUCUACUGCUCCACCAGGCAGUACGAUUGACAAGCGGGAUUAUGUAUGAGCAGUUGUAGCGGUGGGAUGGUGAUGAAAUUUGCCAGAUAUUGCAUGACCCAAACUAGGACAGGCAUUAUUGACUUCUGGAACAGGAAGAUAGGACAACCUUAUCAGUUUGGGUUCAGCUAUGAUAUCUGGCAAUUCUGGAAUGUUGGUGCAUGUGGUAUAUGUGCGUGUAUGUGUGGGUAUAGAAGUAUAAUGAGUAAUGUGAGUGGCUGAGGAAAUGUGAACAAAUAAAGGGAUAUGUGAAAGAA